UGUACUGUCGUAUCACUGCAUCGAAUCGAGCAGAACAUCGGCUACAGAGAUGAAACUCAGAUCCCCGGUAUUUCCCCGGAGAACGAACAAAUAUCCACGACUACAAGUGAAAGCGCGCACGAAGAUGAGGAGCAUGGCGCCAGGGGCGCGAGAUCCCCUGGUGAAAGCGGUCCCGGCGAAGAAAUCGGUGCUACUGACGAGGAGCGCGCACAUCUCUCUUUGAGGAUGGACACCGACACGGCCAGGGGUUGGAAUUCCGGGGCCAGGGGCGGCUUCCUGCGGGGCAUCGGCCAACGCGUAAGCUUCGACCCCGAGGCACCACCGCCGCCGCCCCAACCUGCAAGAAAGAUCGACGAAAAGGUCAAGAGGCACAGUAUCCACGGCAUGAUAGAGGAGGAGAACGUGGUGAGGCCGCACCAGGAGAUGGCCAGUCUGUCCUAUCAGGAGAAGAAAUAUCUUCUCGCGGUGGAACGCGGGGACGUGGCUUCUGUCAGAAGGAUGUUGCAGAGCGCUCUCGAAACCGAAAUGAACAUCAAUUGCGUGGACCCGUUGGGACGUUCGGCGCUUCUAAUGGCGAUCGAUAACGAAAAUCUGGAAAUGGUGGAGCUGCUGAUCGAGCACAAAGUGGACACGAAAGACGCCCUGCUUCACGCCAUCUCCGAGGAAUUCGUCGAGGCGGUCGAGGUACUUCUGGAACACGAGGAGAGUCUUCAUCGAAACGGGGAGCCACACAGCUGGGAAGCGCUGCCAUCGGACACCGCGACAUUCACACCGGACAUUACACCCCUGAUCCUGGCCGCUCACAGGGACAACUACGAGAUCAUUAAAAUCCUUCUGGAUCGGGGGUCCACGUUGCCCAUGCCUCACGAUGUUCGCUGCGGGUGCGACGAGUGUGUAACAUCGAGGAGGGAGGAUUCUCUGAGGCAUUCCAGGAGUCGGAUAAACGCGUACAGAGCUCUGGCCUCGCCGUCCUUGAUCGCUCUUUCCUCAAAGGAUCCGAUCCUAACUGCGUUUGAACUCUCUUGGGAACUUCGGCGGCUCUCGUUCCUCGAGCACGAGUUUAAGUGCGAAUACCAGGAGCUUAGGAGACAGUGCCAGGACUUUGCCACUGCCUUGCUGGAUCACACGAGAAGUUCCUACGAGCUGGAGGUGCUGUUGAACCACGAUCCCACCGGGCCGGCGUUCGAGCACGGCGAGAGGAUGCACCUGAACCGGCUGAAACUCGCUAUUAAACUUCGACAGAAAAAGUUCGUGGCGCAUCCUAACGUGCAGCAGUUACUCGCAUCGAUUUGGUACGAGGGUCUUCCGGGCUUCCGGAGGAAAAACAUGUUUCUCCAGGCAUUGGAGAUCGUGAGGAUCGGCGUUCUCUUUCCGUUUUUCAGCGUCGCGUACAUCAUCGCACCGCACAGCGUCGUCGGCCAAACCAUGAGGAAACCGUUCAUCAAGUUCAUCUGUCACUCGGCCUCGUACUUCACUUUUCUCUUCAUGCUGAUUCUGGCUAGUCAAAGGAUAGAAAGCGUGAUCGGCAACUGGAUGGGCCACGAUGUCAUAGAACAGGAACACGAACCAGCACCAACGAAAAGGGGCGCUGCCCCGACGAUCGUCGAAUGGUUCAUCCUGGCUUGGGUAUCCGGCCUGAUUUGGUCGGAGGUGAAGCAGCUGUGGGACGUCGGCCUGGAGGAGUACGUGAACGACAUGUGGAACGUGAUCGACUUCGUUACAAACUCCUUGUACGUAGCCACCGCUGCACUCAGGGUGGUCGCUUACUACAGGGUGCAGAAGGAAAGCCAGGCGUCGAUGAUCGAGCUACAACGUGAAGAGUGGGAUACGUGGGACCCAAUGCUCAUAUCCGAGGGCCUUUUCUCUGCCGCCAAUAUAUUCAGCUCUCUGAAACUUGUCUACAUUUUCUCCGUGAAUCCUCACCUCGGUCCCCUGCAAGUGUCCCUCUCCAGAAUGGUGAUGGACAUCAUGAAAUUCUUCUUCCUCUACGUGCUGGUGCUGUUCGCCUUCUCGUGCGGUCUAAACCAGCUGCUGUGGUACUACGCAGACAUGGAGAAGAAAAGAUGCCCGACAGCGAUGUCUUACGCCCCUAACGCCAGCGUCACCACCGAUUCGAACGCUUGCAUCGUUUGGCGUCGAUUCGCAAAUUUGUUCGAAACGGCGCAAACGCUGUUCUGGGCGGUUUUUGGGCUGGUGGACCUCGAGAGCUUCGAGCUGGACGGCAUCAAAGCGUUCACCAGGUUCUGGGGUAUGCUGAUGUUCGGCACGUACUCGGUGAUCAACAUCGUCGUCCUACUGAAUCUGCUAAUCGCCAUGAUGAACCAUUCCUAUCAAUUGAUCUCCGAACGUGCCGACAUCGAAUGGAAGUUCGCCAGGAGCAAGCUGUGGAUCAGCUAUUUCGAGGAGGGUGGCACCGUUCCACCGCCGUUCAACAUCAUACCGACGCCGAAGAGCGUUUGGUACAUGGGCCAAUGGCUGUACCGGAAGCUGUGCGGCCACAGCAGGGCUGCCAAGAAGGAGCACAUGCGAACGAUCAGAAGGAAGGUUAAGCAAGCGUCGGAGAGGGACUUUAGGUACCAGAGCAUUAUGAGGAAUUUAGUGAGGAGAUACGUGACGGUGGAGCAGAGGAAGGCGGAGAGCGAGGGUGUAACCGAGGACGACGUGAACGAGAUCAAACAAGACAUCAGCGCUCUCAGAUGCGAGCUGAUCGAGAUCCUGAAGAAUUCCGGCAUGAACACGUCGACGGCCAGUGGUACCGGUACUGACGGUAGCCUUAAAGAGCUGUCUAUAGGUGCGGGGGGUAAGAAGAAUCGGCAAAAGGAGCGACGCCUGAUGAAGGGAUUCAACAUCGCGCCUCAGCCAAGCGGAAGUGGCAGUCUACCGCCGGUCGACGAAUUCGCAGCGUCGCUGCAACAAGUGCAACAGGAGAACUCUCACGAGAUAUUCGGCUCGACCUUGAGCGGUAUAUUCGGACCGGGCGCCACACCGAAGAAGAGCCCACAUCACACCAGCACCAACAGCGUUCCUGGACUCGGCACGAGCAGACAGAGCCGCAGAAUUAGGGGAAGUUCGAAGAAGAAGAGGUGGGAGAAUCUUAUCGAAGCGGCUAAAGUCCGAGGCAAAGUUUCCAGGCUAAUUGGUAGAUCUCGUUCGGAGGAUUCCGUGUACUCGCCUGCUUCGGAAGACGGUGGGUCGAGGUCGGAAGGAUCGACGGACUCAAAGUCCUCGCUGGAGACCCCCGGGCACGAGGUCCAAGCCACACAUCAUUCCCAUCACGCGCAUCACGCGCAUCAUCACGAGGGACAUCACGUGUUUGCUCACGGCUUAGGCGCGCUGGUAGCGCUUCGAAAGAAACGGAAAACAUUCUCGGACUCGAGGUCGUCGACCUCGGGGAUGAGAAGCAGCACCGGCACGAAUCCGAUGUACCCGAUCGCCUCGGUCCUCGUUUCCAAGGUGUCGAAGAAGCAGCAACUGCAGAGAGCCAGCAGCGUGCCGACUAGGGGACCGGAAUUAGGCCAACAGCCGAUUCCACCGAGGAGGCACGAGGGCACGCAGAGUCAGCAACCCAGUAUCGACACUCCCGAGGCUGCCAGCGCUAACGAGCAACCUGUGGUUGCAGCGGCUCCGUUGACACCAUCGACGACAGAGGAGAGCGUGGUCGCGAGUAGUUCUCUGCCAGCGACCAUGAAGAGGAACGGGUCAGCGACGCAGCUGCAGCGGCUUCCAGGUAUCGAGCCAAUAUCCGGCCACGAUGUAUCCGGCGGGUGGCUCUGAGAGGAUUCAACAGUCGCUCCGCAGCGACGACGUAUCGCGAACACGUCGGAUCGAAUUCGCGCGUAAACGAAUCCCGUAUUCACUGGUACGACGACAUCGAUCACGACAGACGAUCGCGUACGAUCGCACACGCACAAUGAUGCCUUUUUUGGCGACGACGCAUCUCGCCGAGACAAAGAAACUAUCUAUAGAUAUAUAUAGAUAUAUAUGUCUAUUAUGUACAUGUAUAUUAUUUAAUAAGCUACGUCGCGCGUGAAGUUUGAGCAACGUCAGCU